CCCACACUCACUGGCAAAGCAUCAUUUUAUACGCGGUGAGGAAUUGAACUCCAUCACAUUCACAUCUCAAGCUCGCAACUGGCAAAUAAAAAUAUUUCGCAUUUCCCAUUUUCUUUUUUCAACUAUUUCCUCUAUAUAAUACAUCAGACAAGGAGGAAAAGAGAAAAAGCAAGAUUCUUUUAAGAACCCUUUUGGAAAAAAAGAGAGUAUUUUUUUGAAAAAAAAUAAAAAUUAGUAUAUGAGCAUAAUGAGAGUUCACUCUCUCGUUAGUGUUUUUGCUUUGCUACUUGUUGGGAGUGGCGUAAAUGGCGACAACCCAUAUAGAUUCUACACUUGGAGAAUCACUUAUGGCGAUAUUUAUCCUCUGGGCGUCAAACAACAGGGGAUUUUGAUAAAUGGCCAAUUUCCGGGGCCGACCAUUGACUGCGUUACCAAUGACAAUUUGAUUAUCAGUGUUUACAACUACUUGAAUGAGCCUUUUCUCCUCUCUUGGAAUGGAUUGCAGCAAAGAAGGAAUUCAUGGCAGGAUGGUACAUUUGGCACAAAUUGUCCAAUCCCACCUAGGAAAAACUUCACUUAUGUCCUCCAAGCAAAAGACCAAAUUGGGACAUACUUUUAUUUCCCAUCUCUUGGAUUUCAGAAGGCUGCUGGUGGAUAUGGCAGCAUCAAAAUCUACAGCCGCCCUCAGAUUCCCGUGCCUUUCCCACCUCCAGCUGGCGAUCAUGUCGUGCUUGCCGGGGACUGGUUCAAGAGGAGUCACAGGCAACUGAAGUAUUUCUUGGACGGUGGGCAUAAUCUUCCCUUUCCUGAUGGCCUCAUCAUCAAUGGCCGUGGUUGGAAUGGAUACACAUUCACAGUCGAUCAAGGCAAAACAUACAGGUUCAGAAUAUCGAAUGUCGGUAUUGCAACUUCCAUCAACUUCAGAAUCCAAGGACAUGCGUUGAAGCUGGUCGAGGUAGAAGGUUCUCACACGGUCCAAAAUACCUACACUUCCCUCGAUGUCCAUCUCGGCCAAUCUUACUCUGUCUUAGUCACAUGCAACCAGCCAGCAAAAGACUAUUACGUCGUGAUAUCUUCACGCUUCACAUCCAAAAUCCUCACCACAACAGCUGUUCUCCAUUACCGUAACUCCUUCACUCGAGUCUCUGGUCCACUGCCCGGUGGGCCCACCACUCAGAUCGAUUGGUCUCUGGCCCAAGCUCGAUCCAUACGACGGAACCUAACGGCGAGUGGGCCCAGACCAAACCCACAGGGCUCGUACCAUUAUGGGCUGAUCAAGCCUGCCAGGACUAUCAUCUUAGCAAACUCGGCUCCGUACAUUAAUGGCAAGUUGAGAUAUGCUGUCAAUGGUGUCUCGUUUGUGAAUCCCGACACACCUUUGAAAUUGGCCGACUACUUUAAUAUUGGAGGGGUUUAUACGCUCGGGAGUAUCCCGGAUAGGCCAACAUGGGGAAACGGGUAUCUUGGGACACCUGUCAUGCAUGCCGAUUUUCGGUCUUUUGUGGAGAUUGUGUUUCAGAAUUGGGAGAACAGUGUCCAGUCGUGGCACAUGGAUGGCUAUUCUUUCUUUGUAGUCGGUAUGGAUGGCGGGCAGUGGACUCAAGCUAGUAGGUCGCGCUACAAUUUGAGGGACACGGUUGCCCGUUGCACAGUUCAGGUUUACCCGAGAUCUUGGACUGCAAUAUGGGUUGCUCUAGACAAUGUGGGCAUGUGGAACAUAAGGUCCGAGGAUUGGGCGAGGCAGUAUUUGGGGCAGCAAUUCUAUAUGAGAGUUUACACGCCAUCAAAAUCAUUUAGGGACGAGCUCCCGAUUCCUAGAAAUGCUCUUCUCUGUGGCCGAGCAAGAGGGCAUAGGACGAGACCUCUCUGAACCUUCUGAGUGAGUUAGGACUCGGUCACGAGAGGGUGACUGGGGACUAUAUUGAAAUGAAGUCUAGUAUAAAUCGGGAGAAAAUAGAUAUGCAGCAGCUUAACUUGAGCUGUAAUUUGUAUUUUGAGUUAUUGGCUUGAGAAAAUUUUCAGAUUGUUUUGUUUUUAGCAAUUGUUUUUCUUGUGUAACUGAGUGUUUCUUAUGUAUUGGAUGAACUAAAUUUCUGAAGUUCAGUUGGGUGGUGGUCACUUGUGCAAAGCUUGCUAUGGUGGUUGAUGUAUUCAUUUUAUUGAGAAUAUUGAUGCAUUUUUAUUAUCUUAGUGGACAAAUCCCUUAUAUAUAAUUUUUGAAUAAGUUAGAGCUUAACUGACAGACUUGUGUACUUCAUA